UUAAAUUCGUCAUUUCUGGUUCUGCCUGCCACGAGCAUCGCCACACAGUGUACGCACGGAAACCGCAAGAUACGUUUCAAAAACGUUCAGUUCAGUUUUUAAUCAGUUGUAGGUUCAAAAUUAUUUCGACCCGGUGUUAGGGUAGAUGUUGGUUUUAAAAAUUACUGUAAGAUAGGAACGUUAUUUGUGAUUUUUUUUAUGUAAGUAAGAAAAAACAACCAUCCAAGAUGGCUUUCGCUUUGUUGAGAAACUGCACCCGGUCCUCGUUUCUACGCUGGGAGCGAAGUUUCUCCUCGCUUGCUGUGCUCAGUUCUGCCAAUGAAAACUUGCUGCCACAGCAAAAGACUUAUUUCGCAGCGGUUGGAGCGGUCAAGACUAACUUCAUAUCUACUAAUGUGCGAAAGUAUGCAAGCAAAAGCAGCAAACCCGAACGGGCUUACGACAGUGACUCCGAGUCGGAAUCGGACGACGAAAAGGGACCGCAGCGGAAGUUCAGAGGAGGCCGAGAGAGGGGCAACACUGAAUUCUGGCGACGAAAGAUGCGCACAUUACACGGCUUGCUGGACGUCAACAACGACGGGGUUAUUUCCUAUGACGACUUCAUGCUGCUGACGGAGAAAUUCAGUGCACUGGGUCACUUGGACGCCAAGGCAAAGGAGGAAUUCCGCCAAAUCAUGGAGAACACCUGGAUCCAACAGUGGGGAGAAAUCUCCCCGUACAAUCUGGUCACCGUGGAGCAGUACCUGACUGAGAUGCACCACGUUGUUAACGAUAAGGACCUGAAGAAGAAGGUUCACCUGUUUUUGCCGUACCUCUACAGGGCCGUAGACAAGGACCGUUCCGGUUCGAUUUCACUUAACGAAUUUAAACUGUUCUUCCGCUGUCUCGAUUUGACGGAGGAGGAUGCCGCCGUUUCGUUUGCCGUUAUCGAUAAGAACGGCGACGGACAGAUCACGCUGGACGAGUUCAUUAAGCUGGGGCGCGAUUUCUUCCUGACCGAGAAUGAGACUAACGUUUCGAGACUGUUCUGGGGACCACUGGUGGCACGCUGAAAAAGUUUUUUUCUUCACCAGGGUGCGUUUUUCUUUAAUUUUUUUCCCUAAACAUAAGACAUACAAAAGAAGCGAUUUUGAUAUGAAGCAUUUGCAACCUUUAAUAUACUUACUCCCGUAUUUUGUAUGAUUCGCGUUGUGAUAAUCAAAUAUAAUAUCGUAAAACAUGA